GGGGGAUCCAGAGGCGCCAGCGGCCUAGAGUCUGGGAGGGCCCCGGAGGAGCGCCAGGCGGCCUGCCGCGCCACAACUUGUCUAGACCAGACAGGCUUCAUCCUGCAUCUCGGAAGGAGCUGGCUCCUUGGAAGGAGCUCGCGUCUUCCCGCUUGGCUGCUCCCGGCCUCCACCGGCCUGCCUGCACUAGCAGUGCGCCUGGGGUCUGGGGUCCCCAGCGACGCCCCCAUCUGCUUGCUGCGCCCGGCGUCCGCCCAGGAGCGCGCAACUGGGGUGCUGCGGAUAUAACGGUGAGCAAGAGAGAGCCGGCCCCUUGUUCCCGCUGAUCCUGCAGCCCAGUGGAUGGAGCCCACAGUUCACAGAACCGCCAGGAAAGACAAAAGUUUUCCUGAUGGUUGGUCCAAGCUGGGGCUCCCCGGUGGAUUGAGGAAUGUCUGGCUUUUCCUCACCUCAUUGAUCUCUGUGGGAGCCACCGGCCACCCUCAGAAGACCCCAAGAAUGAGAGGCCUGAGGUCUAUAAGUUGCUGCUAGAAAUUUGUUGGCCUCUCCAAAAAACAAAAAACCCCAGAAUGCAGCGGCCACACAAGUUUGUAAGGGUCCUGGGUGCACGCUGACCACGCGGGGGGGCCGGCGAGCCUGUUGCUCCCGGUUGCCACAGGCCCGUGGCUCGCAGACCGGGCGUCUGGGGACGCUGCCAUAGCAACGGCUUGAACGCCCAGAGUGGAGGCCGCUGCGGCUGCCGCCGCCUCCUGGGACCUUGCCUUCGCCUGGGGUGGGGCGGCAGCGGUUCGGGAGGCAGCCCGGGCCCCGCAGAGGAGACGUGCGCCCUCCGAUGCCGGCAGAGGUGGCCGGUUUGCUUCCGAGCAUGCCCUUCCACAAGCAGGUCUACUACCCCCUGGCCAACGGUCUCGAGGGCCCCGACGCCCCCGCGGGGGCCGCGGCUGGGGCGGCCGCCAUGGCCUGCUUCCCGCCCGGCGCGGCUGCGGGCCCCCUGCCGUUCUUCCAGUUCCGGCCGCGGCUGGAGAGUGUGGACUGGCGGCGGCUGAGCGCCAUCGACGUGGACAAGGUCGCGGGCGCCGUGGACGUGCUCACGCUGCAGGAGAACAUCAUGAACAUCACCUUCUGCAAGCUGGAGGACGAGAAGUGCCCGCACUGCCAGUCGGGGGUGGACCCGGUGCUGCUGAAGCUCAUCCGCCUGGCGCAGCUCUCCAUCGAGUACCUGAUGCACUCGCAGGAGUUCCUCACCUCGCAGCUGCACAACGUGGAGGAGCGGCUGCGCCUGAGCCUGGCCAACUGCGAGCAGAGCAAAGAGCUGCUCACCAAGCAGGCUGGGGAGAUCAAGUUCCUCAAGGAAGAGUGUAAGCGCAGGAAGAAGAUGAUCUCCACCCAGCAGAUGAUGAUGGAGGCCAAAGCCAGCUAUUACCAGUGCCGUUUCUGCGACAAGGCCUUCAUGAACCAAGCCUUCCUGCACAGCCACCUGCAGCGCCGCCACCCCGAGGACGCUCACCUUGAGUAUAAGAGAAAGGAGCAGACCGAUACGCUGCAGAAGGAGGUCGACCUGUUGAAGGAGCAGCUGCAGCUCACCAAGUCUCAGUUGGAGGCGUCCCAGCACGCCCACGCGCUCAGAGUCGCAGAGGAGUAUGAAUUGCAGAAAACAAAAGAGGAAGAACUUCUGAAGUUAUUUCAUAGGUGGAAAGAGGAAGAAAGGGAGAAGUUGGUUGACGAAAUGGAGAAAUUCAAGGAAAUGUUUAAGAAGGAGUUUCAAGAAUUGACCUCCAAGAAUUUAGCAUUGGAAUAUCAACUGUCAGAAAUCCAGAAGUCCAACCUGCAGAUCAAGUCCAACCUAGGCACGCUGAAAGAUGCGCAUGAGUUCAAAGAAGAGCGUCCUCAGUACCCCCAGGAUUUCCAGAACGUGAUGCAGUUUCUCGACAGUCAGGAGAGCAAGUGGUCGGCUCGAGUUCAAGCUCUUCAUCAAGAGCACAAGAAAGAGAAGGGUCAGCUCCUGUCCCAUAUAGAGAAGCUUCGAACCUUAGUGAUAGACAAUCUAAAUGCCAAUAAUGUUUUCUACAAGAAAAAGAUCGAAGAGCAGGAGCAGACACUCCAGGAACGGAAUGAACUGAUCAUGAGCCAGAGACAACAGAUUAAAGAGUUCACCAGUAAACCAUUAAACAGUGUCAUUGAACCCAAAGGGAAUUCUUUAACAUGGCAGACUGUUGAACCUAAGCCAGCUGCCUCGGCAGUACCUAACUUUUUUUAUGCUGUUUCAGUGACUGCCCCAGCUCCACCAACUCUGGAGGCUAAGUCAAGUCUUACAGUGGCCCAUGAACAGGCAUUCUCAUCGCACAUACUGGAGCCAAUAGAAGAACUUUCAGAGGAAGAAAAAGGAAGGGAAAAUGAACAGAAAUUAAAUAACCACAAGAACCAUUUCAGGAAAGCUUUGAAGAAUAACCCUUCUCUCACUAAGAAAAUAAGAACAAUCUUGGAGCAGAACUUGGUGCGAAAAUUGGAAACCUUAGGGAUUAAUGCAGAUACACGCGGUAUUUCAAGUGAUCAGUUGCACAGAGUGCUCAGAACCAUGGAAUCAAAAAGACGUGAUCUGGAAAGACAGAUACCUAACUUCCAGCAAAUUCGAGAAACCCUUGAACAUCAGGUCAGCUGUAAAGUUGAUGAGAGAAUAUCACUGUCUUCGGACAGGAACAGUGCUUCUCAACUGGACGCCUUUUCAGCGGGAGAAACACCCAAAGCAAUACAGCUUCCUCCCAAAAGCAGGCAGUUGGUCAAACAAAGACCCGUUUUCACGGAUAGAACAUCUGUUCCAAAAAUUAAGAAAAAUGUCAUAGAAGAUCAUUUUCCCAGGAAGUCUUCCAGUAUUACGACGCCUCCCUUUAGCUCUGAGGAGGAGCUGGAAGCUGGUGACCUCAUCCAGGCUUACACGUCCCCAGACUUACCUCUCGUGCAGUCAUCCAAAAGCAGCAAGAGUGGCUUCACAAGGAAAAUUGUCAAAAGUGAUACUGACUGGACGGAAGGAAGUGAAAUCGAGGACUCGGAUAUUUCGCCCAAGCCCACAGGUCCCACAGGAACCGCCAUUAAAACAUUAGCUGAAAAAGUUGAAAAGACGGUUUCAAAUCAAAGAAAUGUGAGCAGGCCAGUCGGUGGGAUUAAUGUCGCCGAGGCUUUCCUCCGACGAGAGUUCAAAGAAGAACUAAAGUGCUCAGACGUGGACGACGACGACUGGGACGUGUCGUCCCUGAUGGAGGACAAAUCCCUGGGGAAGAAAGACGGGAAAGAGCAGAGAGAACCCCUUCCCGUGAAGAAGGAGUCCCACGCCACUCAAGUGCCAACUGCCUGGGGGGCGCCCGUCCUCCCCGGGCCGAGGGGAGAAGGACUUCAAGAUGAACAAAGCACCCUGAAGAGCAGCUUAGUGACUGUGACCGACUGGAGUGACUCUUCAGAUGUGUAACCAAUCCCACAUGCCAGAAGAUCCAGGUGCCAAGAGUAUUUCGGUGUCACAGAAUGUCAGUAACUUGCCAACACCAUACAGUCACUCCAGCCUUACAGCAUUUCCCACAACAACUAGGAAGCUGAUUCAAAGAACAAGGAUCUCUUUAAUGGCACCUGACACCGUCCCUAAAAACAAACUAGCAACAGAAUUUUGAAGAAUAUAAAGGUGUUUAAAAUGUCUGCUUCUUAAAAAUAGCAUGUCAUUAAAUUCAUAAAAAGUUUUUUCUUUAAAACAGUCCUGUAGUGUUUCAGUGUAUUUCUUCCAACUAAUUUUUAAGUGAAAAAUUUAACUACAGCAUAUUUUGGGUCUGAGUUAAAGCUUUACAUGGUUCUUAUGUAUGUUAUCUCACUGGAAGUGGUUUAUCAUAAAAUUCUAUUAGUAUCUUUAAAACAGUAGAGUCAGUGAAAUCUUAAGGGUAGAUUGGUUAUUUUUCAUAUAGAAGUUUAGAACUAAAAACAUAGCUGGGCCCAUGAUAAAGACAUUUUCCAGAAGUACCUUUACCAUGUGUGGCUCUCAGCCAUCACAGGCAUGUCAUUACCAAACGAUUACUUUGGAGAAGUACCAUUUCUGCAGCGUAACCUUUACCUUGGAUGUUUUAUGAUAAAAUGUAGCUAUUUUUGAGAUGGAUUUGAGAAUUAGUUCCUCCACCUUCUCAAACGAGGCUUUGCUGGUCAAUAAAUCUUUCCUUGCUCUAAACUCUGA